CUGUUAAACUGUCUAAACCCUUAACGGUUUUACAACAAGUGACCGAUAAAUAUUUGUACAAUGUCGUCAUCUUUUUGCGACUGCUCCCACCGCCCUCCAGGAAGCAAAAUUAACAGAAUUGUUUUCAGGACAAGUUGGUUUCGCUGAAAAAGAAGGGAAAGCCAUGUCUGGAAGUUUUUAUUUUGUCAUGGUUGGUCAUCAUGACAACCCUGUGUUUGAGAUGGAGUUCUUGCCACCUGGGAAACCUGAAUCAAAGGACGACCAUCGUCACCUGAACCAGUUCAUUGCACAUGCAGCCCUGGAUUUGGUUGAUGAAAACAUGUGGCUGUCCAACAACAUGUACUUGAAAACAGUGGACAAGUUCAAUGAGUGGUUUGUGUCAGCCUUUGUCACAGCAGGACAUAUAAGAUUCAUCAUGCUGCAUGAUCUGCGACAAGAAGAUGGAAUUAAAAACUUUUUUAAUGACGUAUAUGAUUUAUACAUUAAGUUUGCAAUGAACCCAUUCUAUGAAAUCAGUUCACCAAUCCGCUCCACAGCGUUUGAGAGAAAAGUACAGUUUCUUGGAAAGAAGCAUCUUCUGAGUUGAUCACUUCACAUGCACAGGGAUCUGAACGCAUCUUGUCUUUGUUGUAUAUAUCUAACACACUUGUUUGUUUUUGAUGUUUGUCUUUUCCUGUUUAACAUGUAUAAAAUGGAUCCAACACAGA